AUGACCAACUCAAAGGGUCUCAGACGCGGAACGCGUUAUAUGUUCGCUCGCGACUUCCGCAAGCACGGAGUUGAACAUCUUUCCACCUACUACACCCAGUACAAGCGUGGAGAUCUUGUCGAUAUCGUCACAAAUGGAGCCUUCCAGAAGGGUAUGCCAUUCAAGGCUUAUCACGGAAGAACCGGAAGGAUUUUCAAUGUCACCAAGAGUGCUGUUGGUAUCAUUGUGAACAAAAGAGUCAGGGGAAAGAUCCUUCCAAAAAGAAUUAACAUCCGCGUUGAGCACAUCAAGCCAUCCAAGUGCCGACUCGAUUUCUUGGCCCGCGUCAAGUCGAAUGAUGAGAAAAGAAAGGCCGCCAAAGCUGCGAAACAACCAGUUCCAGCUUUGAAGAGACUUCCAGUCGAACCACGUGCUGCUCACACCGUCACUACCAAGGACAACGCCCCAGAACUCCUCGCGCCACUUCAUGCGUCGCGAUUGAUUGCAAAUCACGAGACGCCGCCUCAUACCAGCAUCGUCGUCGUUGACGACACGCCGUCUUUCAUAGACUGCCCGCAGUUUAGUAGCUCAAUCGAAACUCUUGCUGAAAUGGAGGAGAAUGAUAUUGAGAUGCCGCCUGCUGCGCGACGUGAUGAUGGUGAGGAUGACGUCGAAAUAAUUUCGAUUGGAAUUCAUUCCGACGACGAGGACAUCGAUGUCGAUGAGGAAAGAGCAGCGAAUGAGGAACAUGAAGAGUCGGAAGAAGAAGAAGAUGAUGAUGAUGGCGAUGCUCCGAAUGAUGCGAAUCCGGCGGCUGAUCCGAAUCGGAACGAUGAUGGCGAUGAAUGGGUGAGCGUUCGUUUCAAUGGACAGGAGAUUCGAUGCCGACGCGGCGAUGUGAUGAAUUUGACGCAGUCGGCGAAUUUGAGGCCGGAAGCGAUGGACAAAAACUCGGAGGAGUACAAGAAAUUUAUCAAAGGCGAAAUCAACAAGAUCAUGAUCGAGAAUGAUAAUCCCCGUCGCCAUCGAAUGGUGUAUAUCGAUUAUAAUGCGGUCGCCGAUUAUUUGGCGCUGAAUGGUGGCGGAUUGGUGGGAGAAGUGCGCCAGGAGCGAGAACGCAAAAAGGAGCACGCGAUUCGAAAUAUGAUAAAAAUGUUCAUCGCCGCGCAAAAUGAGGGUAUGCAUAAUCAACACGUCGAUAUGCUGGCUGUCGCUGAGUACAUCAACGAGAACGACGACGAUAUGAUUUCAAAAGUGCGCGACGUGAUAGCGGACCUGGAGAGAAAGCGCAAACGCCGUAAGAAGUGGACAAGGUGUACGCCGCUCGACGACGAAAUCCUGGACAAUCUGGAGGCAGAGAUUAUGGGGAAAAGGAAACUGGUGCACACGUACCGGGAAAAGCAGCGCGAAUUUGAGAAAUUGAUUGAUGAUUGGGAGAAUAGCGAAGAGAAGAAAACGCAUGAUGCGAUCACGCGAGAAGCACUCGAGAAGGUGUUUCCCGACAUGCGGAAAGAGCGCGAGGAUCGAGAGCGGCAGGCGAGAGGCGAGCGAACGCGCGGCGAGGAUCCGAACGCCGCACAGAAUCGGAAAGCUGCCGAAGAGAAGGUGAUCAAAGGACGCGCCUCUCCGCCGCCGCUUCUCACGCAUCGCGAACGAAAAGAGGAUGUUUUUGUCGAACGGCCUGGUGCGGUUAUCACCGAUAUGGCGGAUAGGCAUAGGCGAAUGAUCGAUGAAUGCUUGGCGGCGUGGUCGGACGAGGAGCGAAAAGUGUUCAAAGCGCGUCUGCCGGACCACUGUAAGAAUUUCGGCGCGAUGUCGAAGUAUUUCAUUGACAAAUCGCCGAGCGACUGUGUGCUCUUCUAUUAUCUGACCAAAAAGAAGGAGAUGUACAAGAGCACGUUUGCGAAAAAGAAGAGGAAAUUCCACAAGAGCAAGAUGCGACUUCAGCCGGCGAGCAGUCCGCCCGACGAAGAUCUCGCCCUAUUCCGAAUAAUGGUGCCGAUUGGUCCGUUUGCCGACGAGAAGAAGAUGCCGAUGUGCUUCAUGUGUUGUCAGAAUAUCGACGGCGUCGAGAUUCCCGGAUGUCAAUUGCCGCGCGAAGGAUAUGAGCUAUACGCACUCUCACCCGAAUUGAACGCCGCGAUUUGUUUUCGUUGUCGAGAGGAGACGGUCAAACUGAAAUACUUGAACCGAUGCAGCAGCGAGACGUGUAUGACGAAACGCAAGAACAAACCGUCGAAACCGUUGCCGGCGAAUCUCAAAGAGUUGACGUUGCGCGAGCGCGCGUUCGUUUUCGACAAAAUCGAGGCGUCGCGAGCGUCGCUGAAAUUUUGCGCGGCGUGCCAGAAGAAAUUUUUGAACAUUCUUCAAAAGAUCGAGGACAAUGAUCCGGAAAUUCGGGCUGAAAUCGAUCGAUAUGAGGGUCAAGUGGCUUGGACGGAUGCUGAGAUCGCCCGUCUCACCAGCAUCAUCAAUCGAUUCGGCAUCCAUAACUGGAUGGACAUCUCGAACGAGAUGGAACGACGAACGUGGAUGGAAUGCCGACGGCAAUAUCAGAAGCUGAACGGAAUGAAGCAGGACGAGGUGGACGCGAUGAACGGCGACAACGGGCGAGCGAAGGACGAGGAGAUGGAUCAGACGGUCGAUUCGCCGACGACGUCGGCCGACAAGAAGUUGGCGGACGCGAAAGAGGAGCAAGAGGAGGACGAGGAGGUUGACGAUGAGGAGGACGACGAGGAGCUUCGAGUCGAGCCGGAGCCGGAAACGACGCGAAGAGGUGUGAAGAGGCCGGCGGGCGGCUCGCCGGCGGCCCUAAUACCGCAAGACGAUGAGCCGGACGUGAUUGAGAUUGAGGAGCCACCGCAAUCGGGUCCGCUGCUUCCCGAUGAGAUUGAAAAGGUUGAGGAGGCGCCGGCGGCGCCGGCGGCGAAGCGUGUCGCCGUUGACGAUGAGCCCGGUCCAGCGCCACCGCCGGAGAUAAUCAUUGACGAGCCGGCUGAGGUGACGAUGCCUACAGCGGCGGCGACGACGACGUCGUCGUCGUCGGUUGUCAUGGGUUCGAUCACCGCCGGCACGCCGUUCCAGCGGCCGACACCAACGGAGGCGACGGCGCCGCCACCACCGCCAAUUGCAGCCCCAGCAUCAGCGCCGCCGCCGCCGGCGGCAUUAUCGCCGGACGACAUCAAUCGACAAAUCACCGAGAUCAUCAGACGCGCGAUUCCCGACUUUGGCCAACAAUUGACGGCGGCAAGUCAACAGCAAAUUGUUCAGGCGUUGUUGGCGAGCGGCAAUCCGCAAGUUCUUCAAUUGUUGCGAGUGGCGCCGACGGCGCCGGCGAUUCUGAGGCCGACGCCGAUCACACCUUCGCCGGCGCCGGCGCCGCCGAAGACCUAUCGCGCACCGCAGCCGAUUUUCGAGUUGAGCCGCAUCAAAGAGGAACUGAAAAAGAAGGAGAUCGAAGCACGUCAGGCGUUUGAUGAGGUUCAGAAGAAGACGGCGGAAUUGGCGAUUCUCGAUGCCCAAUUUCAGUUGAUGACGCAGCAGCGAGGCACGCUGCCGACGCAGAAUCGCAACACGUAUGACUAUAUGUGCCAAAAGAUUCAGUCGCACGAAUCGAAGAUUGCGAAGCUUCGCGCCGAUCGCGACGCGCUUGAAAAACGCCGAACCGAAUGCUUGAUAACUGUCCAGAAUUUCUCCGAGUUUAUUCUUCGACAUGAGGCGCAGUCAUCGCCGUCGACGUCGCAUAUUCCGAAGGUAGCGAUUUUGCGAUUUUUGAAUGACAUUCGUCGCGGACAUUGA